AUGCCCCCAAAGAAGCGCAAGGCUACUUCCGCCGCCAAAACCACCCCCGCGAAGAAGGUCCGUAUAGGCUCCAUCACCUCUGAACCCUCCAACAUACCUGCGGCUCUCUCUCCUUCCGGCCGUCCCAGAAGAACUUCUGUCAGCGAACCAAAGUACGAUUUUACCAGACACCCCCAACCACGGAAGAAGGUUGGUCUCCCGUCCCGUGCAGAUACUGCUGCUGCUCGCACCGCUAAAGGCAAAUCCUCUACAACUACCUCGAAGAAAGCUGCUGGACCGAGGCGCACUGGGACUGCCUCUUCUGCGAGCCAUGCCCCAACUCUCGAGUCCGCCUUGAAAACAACCAGUUCUCCGCAAACUCCAAAGCGACGUGGAAGACCGCCGAAGGUCAAGAGCGGACCCGAAAGCCAUCUGUCCAAUGGAUCCAAUCAUCCUAUUGUCAACAUCAAUAGCAAUGCAACUUCAAGUGGAGAGAAUAAAGAGAACGUCGACACGGAUAUUCAGUAUUGGCUCAUGAAAGCCGAACCAGAGUCUCGGCUUGAGAAAGGCCAUGAUGUCAAGUUCUCUAUUGAUGAUUUGAUGGAAAGAACAGAACCGGAGCCAUGGGACGGUGUCCGCAACCCGGUCGCGCGGAACAAUAUGCGGGCAAUGCGCAAGGGGGAUCUCGCCUUCUUCUACCAUUCGAACUGCAAGGUCCCGGGCAUUGCUGGAGUUAUGCGUAUCGUGGGAGAACACACUGUUGAUGAAUCUGCUUUUGAUCCUAACCAUCCUUAUUACGACCCAAAGUCGGACCGCUCCAAGCCUAAAUGGGAUGUCGUCCACGUCGAAUUCGUCAAGAAAUUCGACGACCUGAUCACUCUCAAGACGCUGAGGUCGUUGGCUCACCCUAGUGGGGUUUUGCAAGACAUGCAGAUGCUCAAGCAGAGUCGACUCAGUGUUUCUUCAGUCACCCCUACAGAAUGGGAGUUCAUUCUUCAAUUGGCUGGGGAGCCACUGUCACUUGGUCGUGGUGCUGCAAAGGAUGGAUAUGAGUCGGAUGUCGACGGUGAAGGUGACGAAACGGCGGCAGAUGUCGAUGUGGCUACCAAUGGGGCAACCAAUGGCUUGCGCAGGGACGAAAACGGAGUCGGCGAGGGCAAGGCCAAUACAGACUGA